CAGCUAUAUUCAUAGAACACAAUUUAUUUCACGCAUACGUUCUGGAAUUUGUUUCUCGAAAAAACAUCGGUAUUUCGUAUCUAAUCGAGUAAACACAUAAUCUGUGGUAUUGACUAGGAAUCUAGUCUAGGAUACAUAUCAUCAGUUGAUAUUAGUAUAUCUAUUAAUGUAGUCCAGUGGUGCAGUGCAGUCUGUUACACGAACAUAGAAAACGGAAUUUUCGUUCCUACGGGAUCGCAUCAGUUCUAAGUGAAUUUUCAUUUCCUUGCUAGGUUCGCAAGGAAUGCUGUCGUAACGUUCGUUCAACAAAAUUGUACACCCCGAAUAAUACCAGCACUGGUUUCUUGUUCCCCCUGUAAUCGUCUCUUAGAAAAACGGCAACAUUUUGCAUGCAACUUCUUUGAUCAUUUACGUUGUCCGAAACUAUAUAGACGUGUCUCUUGUGAUCCGCAAUGGCGGAGACAAAUGGGGCCGUGAAUUUGAAUACGGAAAAUGGAAACUUUAUUUGCGGCGUCGUCGAAGGUUUCUAUGGACGGCCUUGGACCACUGAACAGAGGAAAGAUCUAUUUCAAAAAUUAAAAAAAUGGGGAAUGGACUCGUACUUGUAUGCUCCAAAAGAUGAUUACAAGCACCGUGCGUACUGGAGGGAUUUGUAUACCGUAGAAGAAGCAGAACAUUUGACUGGUUUGAUAACAGCUGCUAAAGAUUGUGGUAUCACUUUUUAUUAUGCUCUAUCACCAGGAUUAGAUAUCACUUAUUCAAGUACAAAAGAAGUUACUAUAUUGAAAAGGAAGUUAGAGCAAGUCAGUCAGUUUGGUUGUACUGCGUUUGCAUUGUUAUUCGAUGACAUAGAACCAGAAAUGAGUGAAGCGGACAAAGAAGUAUUUCAAUCCUUUGCCCAUGCACAAGUUUCUGUUACAAACGAUAUAUUUCAACAUCUAGGUCAACCAAAAUUUCUUUUAUGUCCAACACAGUACUGUGCAACUCGUGCAAUGCCAAAUGUAACAUCUUCGGAGUAUCUUAAUACGCUUGGUAAUAAACUAGCACAGGAAAUUGACAUAAUGUGGACUGGUCCUAAAGUAAUAUCAAGACUUCUGACUGUCGAGUCCAUAGAGGAAAUAACAGAGGUUUUAAGAAGGCCACCAGUCAUAUGGGAUAAUUUGCAUGCUAAUGAUUAUGAUCAAAAAAGAGUAUUUCUAGGUCCAUAUUCUGGUAGAUCUCCUGAUCUGAUUCCUAGAUUGAGGGGUGUUUUAACGAAUCCUAAUUGCGAGUACGGAGCAAACUUUAUAGCAAUUCAUACUUUGGCUCAGUGGAGCAGAUGUAAUAUAGAUGGAAAGAGAGACUUGAAUGAUUCUGUAUCAGCUGACAUAAGAUUAGAAACAGAAACAGAGGAUGGUUUGCUUGGUGAAGAUGUACUUCCUUCAACAAUGUCACCGAAUAUAUAUCAUCCCCGACAUGCUUUAAAAAUGGCCAUAAAUGACUGGUUACUAGAAUUUAACAAAAAGAGGGCAGCGUGGGGCGUUAUAGCAAAACCACAGCCGUGUGUGGCCCCAACGAUACCAAUACCAAUAAUACCUUCUGUAAAUACUUGUAUGAGUCUUACAUCAACUACAACUACUACCGUUCCUGCGACAGCUGGACCAGUAACCAAUUCCAGCCAUCUUCAAGCAUUGGCCGAAGUUUGCUCGACAGUAACAACAAGCGAUAAUUUCGUACCGCCCACUGGUCCAGUGAUGAACUCAUUAGUAUCGGAGACAACUGUUAUCAGUGAACCUAUAAUUUCAGCAAUUUCCACUAAUACAGGAACCGUGUCAACUACGAAUGUACUGUCGGUCGUAGAACCUAUGGAUUGUAAUACAACGCCUAAUAAUUCUCCAGCGCAUGCAGCCAAGAUUCAGGCGGAAGACGAUGUUAUGAUAGAGAAUGCAUCUACUUGUAGCGAGGCAUCUGGUAGUAUGCAAGUUGAAGUGGACAGCGCGUCUCCGAUAGUAAAUGGUACACAAAUGAUUGUGGAGAAUGAUAGUGAAAAUCAUGAUACUACCGACAAUACGGAUCAAGAAUCACAAGAUUCUAUUGAUGCUGAUAAAAGAUUAACGUCGGAAGAUCUUUCGUUACUAUGCGAUCUAUUUUAUUUGCCGUUUGAACAUGGUGGUCAAGGUAUUCAGUUGUUACAAGAAUUUAACUGGCUAAAAAGUAAUGCUCAUGUCGUCAUGAAAAAGUUAAAAGAAGAUGAGAGUGUAUCUCAGUCGGACGUUGAAGAAUGGCACGCAAGAGCGGCAAAAAUGAACGACAUGUGCAAUGCCGUGAACAGACUAUUUCAACGGCUUACAUAUUGUAAUAAUCGUGAGUUGCUGUACGAUUUGUAUUCGUAUGUUUGGGAUAUGAGAGGAGUCGUGUCCCUCUUAAACAGUUACGUGAAAUGGUUGGCGUUUGGCAGAUUCCCGUCAACGAUGACAUCAUUUACCCAGGGGAGCUACACAUGGUUCUCGAAUGGCUGGAAAGAAACAUUUAUGAGCGGAGAUCAAGAGCCAUGGGUUUUCCGUGGGGGUCUCACAGCUGAUCUACAGAGACUAAUUCCAGUGGAUAGUGGAAAUGAUCUAUUCGUUUACAAAGCACCAGAAGUGCCUAGUAGUAAGAUUUAUACAAUUAGGCCUUACUUAUCCAGCGAUGAAGAAGGAGUUUAUGCCGUAUGCAAUAAACUUUAUGGUUCCACAAUAUCGUCUGCAGUGGCAGAUAGAUUGGUUGGUGGUUUUCUAACUUUAAGUCCAGAACUUUGUAUGGUUGUCGAAGACGAGAGCGGUAUAGUGGGUUAUGCAUUGGCUGCCUUGAAUGUGAAGACUUACAACCAAAAGUUAGCGGUUUCUUGGAUACCCGAGUUACGUUUAAAAUACCCAUUGGACGAUAGUAUAAAUGAUAUGUCUCAAAAUGUUCAGGAUGCCAUACGAUACUUUCAUUCAUUUGUCCCGGAGGUAUCUGAGCAAUUAUGCAGGCAACAUCCGUCAAAUCUUUUGUGCGCAGUGUUGCCAUGUUUGACAGAUCAGUCUGUUCCUAAACGACUAAUUACGUGUAUUCUCGCUGCUCUGAGAGCAAAUGGUUCUUUUGGAGUACACACCACUAUGUCCAGCAUCGAGAAAGAGUCGCAAGAGUUUUAUAGUAAAUUAGGUUUUGUUGACCUGAAUCAAGCGCACGAAGAACACUCUGGAAUCAAAACUAUGUGCAGAAGUUUCUAACAGAGAGUGAGCACGCCGGUAAUAUUUGUAAAUAAGGUUUACUUGUUCGAACCAUCUUCAAAGAAAACUUCUAAUGUUUAGAAGUAGCCAAGAUCGUGUGGGAAUACGGUAAUUUCUAGAUGAAUUCGUGGACACAUUUCUGUCUGUUCUAUUUUACAAGGACAGAAUAUAUUAUUCGUCGAAAGAAAUGGAUAUCUUUUUGUAAGGAAAAAAGAUCUUGAGAGAGGUUCUCUACAUCAUACGUUCAUUGAUAAAUCAUAUUUUCUUUCUGAGAACUGUCCCAGAACAUCUGCCUUCUUAAAUUAGAGAAUCACCUAAAUGUGUUUAACAAUAUAUUCGUACAUAUGAUAUGUAUAUACAGAGUAUGUCGCUAAAGAAAAACGUGAAAGAGAUCGCGGUGAAAAGUGUAAAAUGUGCAAUAGUAAGAAUUACUGGAAUAGCAAGGCGGUAAUGGAAUAGCAGAAAAGCGAAUAUGUUAAUUUUAUAAAAAUUUGCAUUUGUGUGUUAGAUCGCUGCGAAACUUUAGUGUAUCUGGUAUGCUUGUAUAUUAAUAGUAAGGUUUCUUUAAAAAGGAUGUAUAUAACGUGUUGUUGGGUCGUCUACGGCGAAAAAAUAUGUCAGUAUGUCUCUGUGUGUUUGUGUAUUCAAGUGAUAAAUUAUAAUUAUCGAAGCUUUUUAACUCAUUGAAGGAUAUUUUUUUAUCGAAAUCGAUCACGUGCGCGGAUAAUUGUGAACAGAAUGAAUGGCAGUUUGAUUUUUCGAAAUAUAUAAUUAUUUGUUACAAGAAUGCUAGGCACAAAAUCUAAUUUUAACAUCCGGUUCAAGUUUCUUAAAGAAAGCUACCUAAUUCCAUAGGUAUUUUACUGUCUCAUAGUGUUAAGUAUUUUACUGCGAUAUAUAUAUCGCAUAUAUGUAUAGAGUUGGUUCUUAAUAUGCCCGCGCUAUGAGGUCUUUUUACUUUUAACAUUAUCAUUCUAAUAGUAGUAUCUUUUCAUCGAAAACAUCGGUAUUACUAACUAUAUCUAAUCGGCUCUACGUUUGCAAUAUACAUAUUACAUACCACAUGUGUGUAUGCAUUGCCACAGAAUGUGAUAUAUAGGAUUCUUUAGAAAAAUAGCAAAUAAUUUCAUUACCACCCAAAAUGUAACAAUACACAGUUAACUAUUUAUAAUCUGAUUGAUUUGUGAACUGGAGUCACAGGUUUUAUGUAAUUGUUUGUUUUGAAUAUUAAGUUUGUUGCCACAUCAGUAGUGUCAGUAGACUCUUAAAAUGUGUAAAAAGAAACAGUUGAUGUUUUUGGAAAGGAACAAAAAUCAUAAACUUUAAAUUUUCAACAAAUUAAUAACACUUAGAUUGUUGCGUCGAACCUGAUUAGUAGACACUAACGAAUUAGUGAUCUGUACCGUCUUCGAUGCGCGUCAAUGUAACGAAUGUACAGAACCAGAAAAUAAAAAGUAAUCAGAGAUAAAAGAAAGUACGCGACACGUGAAAAGGGAAGAAAUAAAAUUAAAAAAAAAUGAAGAUCUUAGGUAUCUGCCUUACAACUAUUAAACUACAUAAAUACUAUUAUAAAUAUAAUUGUAUUGCGGAGUGAAAUAUGACCAUUGAUUCCGAUCAAGAUGAUACUGUAAUAGGAUUUGAAGUAGUGCCAUGUACAAAGGGAGUUUGAUCAUUGUGAAGAUAAUUACAUUGUUCGAAUCUAUUUUAAUUCCAUUUUUACUGUUUUAUAGAAAUUGUAUAAUACCUACUCGCUAGAUUUUCACGAUGAUCAAACGAAGAGAAAUGUUAUUUUGACGAGAAUACUGGAAAACAAUUAUCUUAUUUAUAUUUAUCGUCGUAUAUGCACAAUUUUUAAAUACUUUUUACCACCAUAUUUCUCCUAUAUUAAAUACGUCCAUAUAUUUUUACAGAAAUACUAAUAUAAAUUCAUUUUAUACUAGUGUUGUACAAACAAAAUUUGUCGUACAUUAGUUUUCUACUUUAUAGUCUUAUAAUAAUAUUUCCAGUUGCCUCGUCAUGUACUCGUAAGUAAUAAUAUGUUUAAUUAACAUUAUGGAACAAUAUGUGAUUACUACUGAUUUAUUUAAAUAAAAAUGUCAAGACUGAUA